AGUUCAUAUGAAACCAAUCUCUUUGAUCAAACCGAGCCACAGGUGUAUAAAUCGGACUGUGGAAUUAUUAAGGUGAACUUCCGCAUUUUGGAGAUUUUUAUACCAGCUAAUUGUCGCCAUGUCUAAAAAACCAACUCCACCUGCUCGGAAACAGUCUUUGGAUGAUAGCCACCCUCCUCAUCAUUCUGCUAAAGAUGUUAGAGAGAUCAAAGAAGUCGCAAAGAAAGCCAUUUCAGAGCAUAAGGAACUUCAGCGGCAGUACAGUAAGAAGGAAGAGCAAACCAAGCAACUUGUAGAGGAACUUGAGCAAACGAAACAAAUCCUAUCCAAGCUCGAGUCAGUAUCUGGUCAGGUGGUACAAGAGUUUGUGGAUGUCCAGACCAAGCUAGAUAUAGAACAACAAUGCAGGGAAGAAGCAGAGAAAUUUGCCACAAAGGUAAGGUUUUAUAAGUUCAUAACAGGGAAAUAAUUACUGGGUGAUUGCUGCUUUUUUUUUUUUGGGGGGGGGGGCAGGACGCGUAAACCUUUAAAAAAAAUUGAAAGUGAGGGAGCGAAUAUUUGGGCACUUUUGCAUUCCAUAAAGUGAAAUUGAAGGAUUUUGUCCAUACUUUUAUAGAAUUUUGUGAAAAUUUUCAGUAAAAAAUGUCUAUGGGGCAACUUCACCCUGCCCUCUGUUGCGAACGGCCGUGAUUUCUUCCAUAUGCACAACGAGCACUUAUGUAGUUGAUGCAAAUAACAUUCUGCUAUAUGUAGAAUAUUGAUUUUUAAUAUUGUAUUGUUUGUAGCAGCGCUUUGAUAGAUGCUUGCCCGAAAGCAUGCAAUUUAGGAUGCAAUGAGGAUGAAAUAGACUGCGACCCUCACGUAUUUACUUCGCUGGUUUGUAACAUUCUUCGGAGCCUUCAUACAUUAUCUCAAAUAUUCUUUGAUUUUGAGAGAGAAAAAUAGGAGAGUACAUAUUUUUAGAAAUUGAAUAUUGAGAUAUGGCAGAGCUUUAACGUUGCUGAUUAGUGGUACCAGGAUAUUUCUAAACACUCCCCUGUUUAAAGCCAAGUUGAUGUUCUAGUGUCCCUUGGAAAUGCAGUGAAUCCAUAUGAAGUCCCUCGGAUAGGACCUCAAACCAUCAGUACCGUCAUUGCGUACUAAUUAGCAUUCAUGAUUUCUAAGCAGUUGGGUAAAAUAGCCAACACCGCUUCUUAAUUUCUUAGUGUUUGGCAGUCGGUCAUAAUUUUCCUUUUUUGCGCCACACACUAUAGAGUAAACCAGAAAAAGUGUAGGGAAAUGGAAAUAAUAUUAUACCGUGGUUUUCCUGUACAUCAUGAUGUUGGCUAUAUGUGACCAGCUACUGGUAUACAAGGAAGUGAUAUUUAGUUUCUGGUUUCUGAAAUGGAAAAUUUUUAAUAGUAACA